GUCAAAUAAACCCUGCGGAUUAGAACACAUUGUAAGACUUCCACCUGGAUAUAUUCAAAAUUGGACUUGAAAUGGACGCCAUUGAGAAAACCAUCGUUGGGACUUGGAGCUAUGUUGAACAAGAUGAUAUGGAGCCAUUCCUAAAUGCAAUAGAGGCUCCUGAUUUCGACAAGAAUGCUAUGAUGAGCAGUCGUCCCAGACUCACUUUUGCAGUGGAAGGGGACAAAAUUGUGUUCACAAACACCCCGAAUCCCACAACAGACCCGUCAUCCGUCAUCUCAUACAAGUGCGGCCUUGGGGAAGAGAUCACUAUUGGAAUUACUCAGAAUGUCAAGAUGCGUUUUGAGUGGAAAGAUGGAAAGCUUGUUCAGCAUAUGCAUCCGACCACGAUGAAGAAGGGUACAAUUGAAUACUCCCUCAAUGACAAAAGCCAACUAUUGAAGGUAUACAAGUACAGCCCAGAAAAUGGUGGCAGUGAUGUGACAGCUACUAUCAAGUUUGAAAAGGCCAAAUGAACAGACAUUCAACCAUACAAUGUGUUUGUGUUCAAUGUAACAGGUCAUUAUAACUCACAGGUGGAUAUGAGAAUGACUUUAUUGCUUGAACUAUUGUAACAUCAAACUACUGUUUGCAAAUGAACUCAGCACUUUAAGGUUUAGAAGCAUAGAAUGCACGAGGCUUUUGUUCUGCCAAAACACACUUGACUUUUUAAUCCUUUAUAGUUCAAUAUAAAUUUUGUUUUUCUUUUAAA